UUUUGGGCUAAUCGAAGAAGAACGAACGUUCCCUCUCUUCUCUUCUCUUCUCUGAGAGAAAUCUUUUCGAUCCCAUUUUCGAAACUCUCUCUCUCUCUCUGCUGUGUUUGGCUUUCUGGGUUUCUCUUCUCAUCUUCCAACGAUUCUCAUUAAUUCUUCUUCUUCCUCCGUUAGCUUUCUCAUUCUUUGUUAGGAUAUUAUAUUAGUCUCAAAGCUGAUGACGACGAGUUUGGAUCGGUGGGAGAAAGAUCCUUUCUUUCCCGCUGCUGAAGAGGUUCAGGAAUCUGCCGACAGGAUGGAGUCGGCGUACAGGACAUGGAUCAACGCGAAACGAGACUCUUCUAAUGUAUGGGACUCAGAGCAGCUUCAUAGGGACCUUCACGCUGCUUUAGGAACCACCAAAUGGCAGUUAGAUGAAUUCCAGAAAGCUGUGAAAUCAAGCUACGACAAUCGUAUGAGUGAUGAAACUAGAGAUAGGCAUCGUGAGUUUACAUUCGCUAUGGAAGCUCAGGUUUCCAAAAUCGAGAAAUCUCUCAAGGAAGCUGCGGUAUCUGAUGGCAAAGGCACUCCUAGAUGGGUUCGUUUGGAUGAAGAUGAUCGUAAUGAGCUUGCUCUCUUCUUGACUGGACCGUCUGAUUCUGUCAAAGUAGUAAACCAGCCUAAUGGGCAUAGAAGGACGGCUAGUGCUGCUGAAUUCGGUGCUUGGAACGUUGUCGUUUCUGACGAUGGUUUGUUGAAGAAAAAAUCUUGUGAUGAGGAGGAGCCAGUGGUUCGACCUCCGAGGAAAGUACCUAGCUUCUCUGGUUUCUUAAAUUAUAUGGAACCUGGGUCUAAGCAUUGUAUUCGAAAGUGGAAGGCUUUAGAUCGUCAGGGAGACUCUGAUGCUGCUUUGUUACCUAUCCAAGCUAACCAACAAGUCGUGAAUGGAGGAGGUUUAGAGAGGGGCAAAAGUUGUAUGGAGUGUGAGGAGGAUUGUUACGAAAAGCAGCUUCAUGGUUGGUAUGGAGCUUUGCAGAGGCAACUUCAACGGUCUCAGUAUCGGAUGCGAUAUAGUAAAUCGGUUCACGCUGCUGUUUGGAUUCUUCUUUUAGUUUUUCUUAUCGUGGUAGUUGCAGUGCAUUCAAUGUAGAAGACUGGUGGUAUUGAAUAGCACGUUCGAGUGAGUUCAGUCAUCUUGUGUGUAAACGGGAAAAGAGACGAAUUUGGCAAAUCUUCAUUUUUUACUGUACAGUUAAUUCCACUGCUAUUGGUUGUUUUGUAAUGUAGAAAUGAUUUUUUUUUUGGUUCGAUUAUUUGAAAGGGGUUUCAUUGAGAGAAAGAGAAACUGAGUAGACAACAUUGUAGAGUUAUUUGGAACGACAAACCCAAGAUAAAAAGAUUGUGGAAAAGUCAAUUCGAAUAUAUUAUUGAUUCGAGUAUCUGAACUUCUGAAGUGAUAUACACUGAGAAG